AUGGUGAAGCCUACGGUAUUUUCCGUAGAACAGGACCCUAAAAAGGAUAAGUCAUCGGAUGUUUGUCUUAUCCCUGUAAAGGAGGUGGCGUAUAAAUCAAGCUUUGAUGACGACCAACCACUCGUGACGGCUCGGAGUGAAGUCUGCACAUUACAGAGAUGCGCAUGCGCACUAUUAAUCAUUCUGAUUGGGUUAGGCUGCCUGAUCGGUGCUGGGGUUGGUCUUUACAUUCAUCUUAACAACCAAUCAGAACCCACGUUGAUCAUCACAGCAGCUGGUCACCCGUAUGGCAAUGACGCCCUCUAUCCGCCAGACUUCCACAGGCCGCCACACUUCGGUGGUCACGUAGAUCGUCACAUGCCAGACUUUCAUCACGGAUCACGUGAUCGUAUCUUCGAGCCAAUGAGACCACCGCCUCCUCCACCUCGCUUCCCUUACGGUCAUCCUCCGAUCAUGGAACGUCCCUUCGGUAAUGACGGCCUUGAGCCGCCCUUCAGUCACGACGCUCUGGAACCACCCGCCCCGGAAGGGCCCAAGACUCGAUUGCAUGAAAGACCGAUGGCUCCACCGGGACCUCUUCCUGGUGGUCCCCCUCGCGGCCAUCGACCUGGAGCAGAAGGUUCUCGUCGGCUUGGGCCCGGGUAUGAUCUUCAUCAUGGCGGGCAUGUAGAACAUGAACAUGCACGACGCAGAGGGAAGGUUAACCGAGCUCACUACCAUAGCAACCUACCGUAAACACAACCAAGCUACCGUACACACAAAACAUUUGAUCACGACUUUUUUUCUGAACGUUGAGGACUUUAUGGAUUUUCUUCGAACAUCUCCAACAUGGCAUUCUAUGAACGUCACACAGCAAGGAACGCCACUGCUAACAUGAACUCCGCCAUGUGACGCCAUGACGCUAUUAUUCAUCUACACUCUUAGAAAAGGAUUGGUCAAAAUGACCAUUCUCCUGGAUAUUAAGGUGUCCGACCAAUAAAAUGGGUAAAAAUCAACCAAUUUCUGGUAUAUUGUAACCAUUGGUUGGUUGAUUUUGACCAUUUCUUUCUCGAUCGGAUAUAAUAUCAACCAAGAGAUUCGUCAUUUUGACCCAAAUCAACCAAUUUUUGGUAUAUUUUAACCAUUGAUUUGGUUGAUUUUGCCAUUUGUUUUUCUCGGUCGGACAUAUAAACCUAGAGAAUCUUCGGUUUGACCAGUCUUUUUUAAGAGUGUUAUAGUUAAUCCAUUGUUGCGGCUUUCGUCUUUGGAUAAACGGAAUAGAACAACAAGAAGAUUAGUUAGUACGAUAAUUCGAGAAGAAAAUAAAAAGUAUCGCCAAUAACAAUUACAGACAGAGAGAUAAAGUCUAAGCUCUUCUCAAGUCAAGUAGAAGAUUAUGUGCAAGUCGACAUACUAAAAGAGAAAGACACGCAGUUUGUAGGGUCCUCACUUCUUCUAGAAGUCGGCUUGACGGCAUCCUGGUUCCAACAGCCUAGGGAGAGUUUCAUCAUCACUUUUGUUCGACAAGUUGUUGGAUAUGAUUUUGAUUGGGCGAGUUCUGAGCACUGUUACUUUGGGAACUCUCAGAUAAAACAGGAUUUAUUGGAUAGAACGUCCAACGAGUCCUUCCAUGAAACGUUCCACUCAAGAAGUCAAAUUGAUGAGUAUCACGAGAUAGAGGAUCUUUCGUUCUUAUCUGCUCUUAUUCAUCAAGUCAAUUUCUAUUGGCAUGAUUGGGAUCAGGGUCUUCUCGCCCUGUCUUGUCAUGCUUGUAGGGAGUUUCCAAAACUUGCGCUUGAUUGAAAAACAUUAAUUAGGACCAAAAGUGAAGUAAAAGUCAUGUUUUAAAUUGGAAAUUUACAAUUGAUUGUCUGCUCAUUAUAUCAGCAAGUAUGCAUAGAUUUGCUCGAGUUAUAAUUAAUAUAUCACUUGUAAAUUUGCAUGAAAUUUGCGAUUGAUUGCAAUUGUUUUCUUGCAACUCCCCCUCAUUCCGAAUAUUGUUUAUAUCAAGUUGAAUUGAUGAGUUGAUGGUUUGCCCGUGUAACUCGACCCAAUGAAACUCAAUACAGAGUCUUCUAGUAUUCUUAAAGUAAUUGAUUUCUGGCCCUCCUUAAUACAAUGAUCUCGUUGUAUUUGUCCCGUGCAGUGGAUGUCUCUUCAUCAAUAUCAAAGAGAGACCUCAACGGGCAAAUAUGGCGCAACGGUUGUAUAUUCACGAACAAGUGCCUUGUAAAUACAGUAUUAUAAAUAGCCGGUAAUUAACUGUAAGGGGAAUUUUCAAAGGCUUUAUAGUCCAAGGGCAAUUUAUAGUGCAAUGCUGUGAGUUACCUUUCAGUGUAAAUAGCUAAAAGAUGGAGAAAAUAUAUAAGAUAUUAUCAAAUAAAAUAAUUUUGUGCAAUAUGUUAUCUAUGUAUCAUUAUAAUAUUAUCACAAACAUGGCUGAGAGAAUGAUUAUGUUACCUUAAGCAAAUUAUUCGAAUACUAUUACAUAUUAAAAUUAGAAUUUGAGCUUCUGCAUGUGUUUGUAUGUUAUGUAUAGUCAUUCAACACUACCUACACUCAAGUUACGUAAUGUGCGAUUAUGAAUCAUGUCAUGUGUGUAUAGGCAAUGUAAAAUAUUGAUGCGAUAAUUUGCCAUUCUAUUAACGUGCUCGUAUUUUAAAAUGUAUAUCUUAAUCCACUUCCAUUGAUGGUGCGACUGCUUAUACCCAGUAUCCACUGUGACGAAUUACGCUACGAUUCAAACGGCGUGCUUGAUCGUAGAGCAAUCGUAGUCAGAUCGCAUCAGAUCAGUCGUGGCAAUCGUAUUGAUCGUAUAAAAAAAUUUGAAUGGUUCAAAUUUUUUUUUUUGCGAUCAGUAAAGGGGCUUUCACAAUUGCUAGUGCGAUCGUUUACGAUCAUUCGGUCACAAUAUAUGUUGCACAAAAUCGCAACGGUUGUAAGCAGUCGCACCACCAAUUGUUAAAGGGGGUUUUACGAAAGGCCAAUCGUGGCUUUCGUAAAAGGAUCGUACGACAAUGGGAAGGAGGUAUCACAACCGUUGCGACUGUUUGCAAUAUAUAUUGUGACCAAAUGAUCACACGAGCAGUAUUGAGAAAGCCCCAUUAAUUACAGGGAAUAUAGAUCCGUAUUGUAAUAUUAUAACACAAAAUAAACAAAGAAGAACAUUUGCAAGUACCGGUAUAUUGCCAUCUUUGGUUAGCAAAUUCCAGAACUCCUAUCAAAGUAUCGAAUGAUUGUAGCCCUAUAAUAUUCUCCACCUGACGAACUAUAAACAACUUUAUGAUGCGGGUAGAAAUAUACUUGCUAUGAAAGGGCGACAUAAUACACAGCUUACCAAUGAUGAAAUGAAUGUGAUAAAAUUCAUGGUUUUUUCUUUUCAAUAAGAUUUAUAUGCUUAGUUCUCCUCUGUUUAACUAACCGUCAAGAAAAUCAAUAUUUUGUUUUUGCUGGUUCGCUUAAAGUCCAUUCAAGCACAAGACUGUAAAUUCAGAGUUCUUCGAAAUUGAUAUUAUGCAUGAUUAUUAUAUUCGUCCACGCUGCUUUGAAUCAACUCGUGUAAGUGCUUAGGAUAUUGUUAAGAUUCUGUAAUGUAUUCUAGUAAAGUAAAUAUUUCAGUGUAUAAGAGCAUUCUUUUGUAAAUAAACAUAUUGAUAUGAAUCUAUCAAAUUGUAUAAAACGUUA